CAAAGAAUGACAAGAAUGACUUUAAACACAGAAGACAUUUAUUGUGUGGUGGAUUGUAGACCCAGUUUCAUUGAAGCGUAAUGAGAUAUAGUCUCAGUCUUUGAUAGAAAGUGGAGAGAGACAGAGGACCGUGAGUUAUUUGCAGUGUCUAUCUACUAAGCGAUCUUGUAUUGUGUGGAAUUGUCUCCACAUCGGACAGUGAGUUAGUACGAUUCAAUGUUCAAUCAGAACUUUUACUCACGUUUACUCUCAAAUAAUCCACGUGCGUCAGUUCUGUAUAAUAAUGGGGAAGAAAAGAGGAUACAACUGGGAAGCAAGAGCAGGUGGAAAUGUACAAAUAAAUGAUUCCACUACUAACGAGAUUCAGGUAGAUAUCAAGCAUCGAGUUGAUCAUUACGACGACUGUAAUACGUUUGUAUUGCCUUCCAAGAAGAGAAAUACAAAGAAAGUAGAUCAUAGGGUCACAAAGACCCCAUUAUUGUCAAAAAAACGUAGGAAAGAGUUGGAAAAGGUGAUAGAAAAGAAGAAGAAGAAAUUACAGAGAGCUGCAUUGUUAGAAAGGCUAGCAAAACACAACGCACAACGAGCAAGUUCUUCGGAACAACAACACUAUGUAAGCGUAAUCGAUUACCAAAACAAAGGUCGAAAGCGAUUUUUACGAGAAUUAAAGAAAUCAGAAAUAAAGCAUGAAGCUAUCAAAGAAGAAAAGAAUUGUGUCGAGACUGUGCCAGAAAUACAGGAAGAUCCUUCGGAACAACAACAUGAAUCAACCACAAAUAUGUAUGAAUCAGAAAUGCAGCAUGAAGCUGAUGGGAUAGAAGAGAAUUGUGACGAGACUGUGAGACCUGCAAAAAAGCGAUGCAGGAGAAAGCCUAAAUGGAUGCGAGAGCCAAAAAAACCGGACCUAUCCGCUGUGUACCGUCAAAUGCUGGCAGAAGGAAUAGCCCCUGAAAAUAUCAUUGGAUUCGAAAAUUACAGUGAUACUAGCGAUGAUGAUGUUCCUGAUAGUACUGUCGCCCCAAAGAUUACUCCCCAGCAAAGUAAUAAGACUAAUGAAGGCCUGAAUAAAACUGUGGAAAGCCAAGAUGUACAGAUUGUCGCCGAACCGCAAAAGCCAGUUGAAAUAGUGCCACAGGCUACUAAAGUUGCCACACCUGCUGUCUUCGUGCCGGUGAACAGGAAGCCAGACAUAGAAAAAGAGAGAUUAAAACUUCCUAUUUGUGCAGAAGAGCAGCAUAUCAUGGAAACAAUUAAUGAUAAUCCAGUAGUUAUUAUAACUGGAGAGACAGGAAGUGGAAAGACAACGCAAGUGCCUCAGUUUUUAUACGAAGCUGGGUAUGCUCGAGAGAGAACGAUCGGUAUAACCGAACCGAGGAGAGUAGCAGCGAUGUCGAUGAGCAAGCGCGUAGCGGAAGAAAUGAACCUCACUCAGGACGAGGUUUCAUACUUAAUACGUUUUGAAGGAAAUGUUACCGACAAAACAAAGAUAAAAUUCAUGACUGACGGAGUUCUGUUGCAAGAAAUUAAGACUGACGUUCUGCUCAAAAAAUAUUCGGCAAUCAUAGUAGAUGAAGCACAUGAAUGCAGUGUGCAUACGGAUAUGUUGAUAGGCUUUCUAUCAAGAAUCGUUCUGCAACGUAAGAAACGUAAUGAUCCGUUAAAGGUGAUUAUCAUGUCGGCCACAUUGCGCAUAGAGCAGUACAUACAGAAUCAGAAACUGUUUCCCGUGAAGCCGCCUCUUAUUACGAUCGAGGGACGGCAGUUUCCGGUAAAGACAUCUUUCAAUCGGCAAACGAAGAAAGAUUAUGUGGAUGAGGCAUUUUACAGAGCGGUAAAGAUUCAUAAGGAAGAAUCGGAAGGCGGUAUAUUAAUAUUUUUAACAGGCCAGCAAGAGAUACAUCGACUCGUGAAUCGAUUGCGGAAAGCAUUUCCUUUAAAGAAGUAUAACAAGAUUCAAACUAAUUUGGCACAUCCAGAGAAAAAUAAAACGCUUACAAAAGAAACAACGAAUGAGGAAUCCAGUGAGGAAGAUAAUUCUGAGGAUGAAUUUGAAAGGCAAGCCAUGGAAGCAUUACAUCGUAACAAGCGGAGACGGAGGCAACAUGUUCUUCCGACCAUUAAUUUGGAUGACUAUUCGGCGAUUUCCCAUGAUAACAAGCAUGAGGAUUCAGCGCAAGACACCGACGAAUUCGAAGACAUGGAUGGUGAACAAGUUAUGGAUUUCAUAGGACUAGGAAGUGCCGAACCAAUGUGGGUAUUGCCGCUUUACUCGCUGUUGGACAGUCGUGAGCAAGCGAAAAUAUUCGAGUCCCCGCCGGAAGGGUGUCGUUUGUGUGUCGUCGCGACGAAUAUCGCAGAAACGUCUUUAACGAUACCCAAAGUCCGGUACGUGAUAGACAGCGGUUAUUGUAAAGUGAAACGUUACGACAAAGUGACGGGCGUUAGCACAUUCGAUAUUUCCUAUAUAAGUAAAGCAGCAGCCGAACAACGUGCUGGCAGAGCCGGUAGGACUACGCCCGGUUGUUGCUACAGACUCUACUCAGCGGCAGUGUUUCACAAUGAGUUUAAGGAGUAUGAUCAACCGGAGAUUCAGAGGAGGCCGUUGGACGACUUGGUACUGGAGCUAAAGGCGAUGAAUUUAGAUUAUAUUAUGCAUUUCCCGUUUCCUACACAGCCGGAUAUCGAGCAGUUGAAGGCUGCUAUGGACCGACUCACGAUACUCGGAGCGUUAGAGCCACCAAAGAAAAAGGAAGAAAUAUACCGCACACAAAUAACUCCACUGGGUCGGCAGAUGGCCUCUUUUCCAGUAGCGCCGCGAUAUGGUAAAAUGUUGGUAUUGUCAAGGAGAAAACACUUGGUUAAAUAUAUCAUAUGUGUAGUCGCGGGUCUUUCCGUUCCGCAGCUGUUUGAGGCGUUCGGGGAAUGUAAGAAUAAAUGGCUGCAAUCACAUUAUCAAUGGGCCGGCGAAGGACACAGUUUUCUUAUGGGCGAUUUGAUGGUUCUACUAAAGGCCAUUAUGGGUGCCGAACACGUGGGACCUGUUAAGAAUAAAUUGGAAGCUUUCUGCAAGGAACAUGGCUUGCGACAUAAAGCAUUGGUGGAGGCCAGGAAGCUGCGACGCCAGCUGAUCGAUGAAAUUAAUUCGAGUGUGCCAAACUCGAACCUGACGAUUGAUCCCGAAAUGCAGCCGCCAAGUGAUGAAGAAGCGAAAUUCCUCCGCAAGGUAAUUCUCGCUGGUAUGGCAGAUCAAGUCGCCAAGAAAAUUUCGCCCGAUGAGAUGCCGGAAGGUCAAAAGAAGACCUGGAAACAUGCGUACAGGACACCGGAAAUGGAGGAACCAGUAUUUAUGCAUUCCUCUUGCGUUCUACGACAGACUGAUCCGGAAUGGGUGGUUUACCAGGAGGUGUACGAGGUGGAUAAGAAGAUGUACAUGCGAGGUGUCACGGCGAUAGAGCCUGAAUGGUUACCAAGAUUUGCGCCAACCUUGUGCAAUAUGGACGAUCCUUCAAAUGACGAGCCGCCAAUAUAUUAUCCUUCAACCGGAAAGGUCAUGUGCCGUGUAUCUGGCACAUUUGGAAAGGCUGCAUGGAAACUGCCAAUGGUAUAUAUAGAGUAUCCACCAUCAUCGAAUGCCGUCAAGUGGUUUGCUUGUUUCUUCUUGGAGGGUGAGGUGUGUCCCAAACUGAAACGAUUUGCACCAUUAUUGUUGAGUCAACCACGCAGCAUGACCAAGUCAUGGGCCAAGUUUAUACCACGCACUCAGGCGAUAUUGCAACCGCUAACAAACCAUACGAUCUUGUGCAAGGAUAAGGUACGAGAGAUGUGGGAUUCAGAUAAGAGAUUUUUACUAUCGCAAUACCAGAUGUGGCUGCCUUCAUCCGUGCACGCUGAAGUAGCACGUUUGUGGCCACCAUUAUAAAAAAUUUUGUUUUUCUAAAAAUUAUUAUAAAUUUAUAUAAAUAUAAAAAUAUUUUGUAAAAAUAUUUCUAGUCUGCAUUAAUUUUGUGUGUACGUGUGUUAAUUAUGUAUUGACAAUGAAUUAUAGAAUCAUAUAUUGAUAAUGUAAGAUGAAAUACAAAACUUGAAACAACGAUAAAAA